AUGAGAAAAGUAACAGCUAAGGUAUUGGUGGUCGGUAGCUCUGCAGUCGGAAAAUCUGCCCUGAUCUAAUUGUAUACUACAGGAGAAGUCAAUUUUCUCAAGGAUUAUCAACUAACUCAAAUAGCUGAAAUAUCAACAAAGUUGAUUCCCUUUGAAUAGGAGGAAAAAGAUGUCGAAUUAUACUUAUUUGAUAUUGCAGGAUCCGAAAUAUAUGAAUAAGCGAUUUUAAAAUCUAACAUAUUGAAAGAUGCCAACUUUGUAUUUUUAUGUUACGAUAUGACCAAAGAGACAACCUAUGAGGCAGCCAAAGAAUGGUUUGAGAGAGUAACGAAGGCUAAUGGAAAGAAAUUGCCAGGUGUUUUAGUUGCCAUGAAAUCAGACUUACAAGCAAUCAGAAAGAUAGAAAAUAAAUAAGGGAUGCAAUUAGCAAGUUAAUUAGGAUUGUCAUUCUUCUCAGUGUCAACAGCACGUAAUCAGGACAUUGAUCACCCUUUUUAGCAUAUAGCGUAAUAGUUAAUUAAAUGA